GCGGGGCGGGGCGGGGCAAGUUCGUUUCCCGAGUUCCGAGCCCAGGAGCCCCAGCGGCUGCCGCGCAGGUGCCCUCCGCCUGGGUCGGGAUGGAGCUGCCUACCGUGAACCUGAAGACGAUCCUGCUGGUUCACUGGCUGCUGACAACCUGGGGCUGCAUCACGUUCUCGGGCCCCUAUCCCUGGGCCAACUUCACCAUCCUGGCCGUGGGUGUGUGGGCCGUCGCUCAGCGGGACUCCAUCGACGCCAUAAGUCUGUUCCUCGGUGGCUUGGCGGCCACCAUCUUCCUGGACAUCGUCCACAUCAGCGUCUUCUACCAGCGGGCCGGCUUCACGGACACAGAGCGCUUUGGUGCCGGCAUGGCCAUCCUCAGCCUGCUCCUCAAGCCCUUGUCUUGCUGCUUUGUCUACCACAUGUACCGGGAGCGCGGGGGUGAGCUCCUGCUCCAUAUUGGUUUCCUUGGACCAUCACAGGAGCGCAGUGACUACCAGACGAUUGACUCACCAGAGGCGCCCACAGACCCCUUUGUAGGCUCGGAGGGCAGGGGUCACUCCCCACAAGGGUACUGAAGCCAGUCUGCUUUGGCCCCAGCGCAGGGGCCAAUGGAGCAGACCCCAGAGACAGCCCAGGCUGCAUCGCCCUCCUCGUGCCUUGGAUGGCAUUCUAGAGCUGUUCGUGACCUCCACCCCCUUUCUUGGACUGUGUUCUCCUGUUGCCCAUCUCCCUAGUCAAGUGCCCUGAGUGGCCCGGAGCCCCGUGCACACCUGUCCCAGACUCCCUGAAGCCUCCUCUCCCUUCAAGGUACCCCAGUGGUCUGAGGCUGGGAACCGUGGUCUCUUUCCUCACCUCCCUUAGCGGCUCUGUGUAGCCCCCGUCCAACCAUGCCUGAGCCAGGCCUUGCCCAAAGUUCAUUGACCUCACCCACGGAAGCUCUGAGAGCUUUGGGUGAUGCUCAGUCCUGGGAGCAGCCCGGCAUGGGAGUGAGGUCCCUGUGCUUCUCACUGCCUGGUAACUUGGUGCUUGGGGACCUCAGGGCUGGAGGCAGGAGGUGUCUGCAGCACCUGAGACCCACCACGGCCUCCAGCUGCCCUUCCUACGGCCAUGGCAUUCACAUUUGGGGAAUCGGCAGCUGGGUGUGUUUUGAGCCAUGGUUAAUCUCCCAGCCAGGCUGGGGCCUGGACCUGCCAUUCCUGAGAAGAUUUCUCCUUUGAACCCGCAGGGAACCUGGGCUUAGCCACCCAUUUUGUUGUGGCAGGAGGAAGCAGGGGCUCACUCCCCAGCUUUGGCCUAGCCAAGGCCCCAGCAGAGGAGGGCACUGUUUGGUGUGGCCAAUGGGCAUCCAUGUCUCUGAAUCAGAUGACUUGGGUAUUGGUUUGCAUCCCUCUCUGCCACUUUCUGGCUAUGUGCCUUUGAGCAGCUUAAUGUCUCUGACCUCAGUGUCUCCUGGAAAAGAGCUAAUGCCUGCCCCCGGCGUGAUGAGAUGAAUGAAGUGUGCAGUGCCUGGCCCUCGGAAAGCUCCCUAAGCCGCAGCAAAGUUGGUGGGUUGCUCCUUGAUCCUGUGAUGAUGUGGGGUCAGUAGGCAAGGGGCGACCUCUUCCCGGUAGACCCUAUGUCCUGGUGUCAGGGCUGACUGAAACCGGUACCCAUCCAGAAGCCCCAAGUGUCCCAUGGCCAGGGUCCUAAUCUACAUUGACUGGACCGAGUGUUGACCUCAGGGCCUCAUGGGCCUGGGCUCUCCCAGGCCAUCCCGGCUUGUCCCCAGCACAAAGAGAUCAAGGCCUAGUGCACAAUCCCACCACCCUCCUGGGGCUCGGUACGUGGUACUGCUGAGUGCGGGCCGCAGGGCUCAACUCUGGGGCCUGCUCUCAGGGAACAGACAUUAAGAGUCCUCUGGCAGGAGGCAAGAACUCCGAAAGGGACCCCUGGGAAGGGACCAAGGGACACCGAGUGGCUGCAGCUGCAGGAAAGCUAGAAACAGUUUCACCGUCAGAAGGGGACGAAUAAAUAACCUGUGGUACAUUCAUUCUAUGGAUAUGGUUCAGCAGUUCAUGUGAAUAAACCAGACCUAGUUCUAUUGA